GCCGCUGUGUGGAGCCGGAGUAGUGUUCUCCUCCCGCCACUGGGGGCCGCUGUGUGAAAUGUCGCUCUUUCUCUGGUCUCUAAGACGCUCAUUGUCCUGGUUACUAGGAGCCGGGAUGAGGCGCAGUCGCCGCCGGGUCUUGGUUACCGUAGGUGCCCGGCCGUGAGUGACAUAUAGAGAGAUAUAUAUAAGCAGCGGACACCGGGGAGGAGGUGAGGAGACUGCGGGAGACCCUGGGGAGAUAUCUGCUCUAUGAAGUGACAGUCGCCUCCAGUCUCGCCCUCGUCAGGAUGACGCCCGGACCGGUGCUACGUGGACGGUUUCUUCCUCUGCAGUGGUUGGGAUCAUCCAGCAGCCAUAACCUGGACCCACCAUGCCCGUAAGGAUGGAGCAGAAGAAUUCUCACCCCUCUCGGGAGGGUGGCGGGCUGGCGGGCGAUUUUAAGAUCCGGGACUGGAUAGAGGCGCAGGAGGUUGGCACACAGCUGCCCGACACUGCACCCGGGAAGAAUCCGACAAAUCAUGUGACACCCAGACCCCCCGGCAGAGCGAGGCUGCGGAGACUGGACAGAGCCUUCUCCCUGGACGAGCAGACCUGGCGCCGGAGGUUUAAGACGAGCCAGGAGAGCUUAACGGACCCCAACGAAAGCGGCUCAUCCAGCGGGUCCCUGCAGGAAGCCCCCGCCAUCGAGGAGCCAGUGGCUGCGUCCUCAGGAGCCGCUCACCUGCAGCCCCCCAUGGCAUCAAGAUUUCCCGAAAUCACUCACCCGUCCACCAACCACCGUAAACCGCGUCUGGCGCACACAAAGCCCCUGCAGCACCUCCCCCAGCUAGAGAGCAGCGCCAGCUCGAGGACACUGAGGACGGCUAAUAGGAUGGAGCAGGAUUACACGGAUUAUAAGCAGCAGCCCCUCCGGCACAGCAGCAGCCUGAGCGACACCAGACUGAACGGUGCGCUGUGUGACUCCAUGAGGAGCACCUACAGCCUGCUGACACCCCUCCGCUCUAAGGAUGUCCGCAACAGGAGUUAUUUGGAGGGGAGCCUCCUGGCCAGUGGGGCGCUGCUUGGAGCUGAGGAAUUGGAUCGAUAUUUCCCAGAGAGACUGCUGAGAGUUUUCAUUGCGACCUGGAAUAUGCAAGGAAGGAAGGAGCUCCCGGACAGCCUCGAUGACUUCCUGCUGCCUUCAGAUGAUGAUUUUGCACAAGACAUGUAUGUCGUCGGAGUCCAGGAGGGAAGUCCAGACCGGCGGGAGUGGGAGAUCAGACUCCAGGAGACCCUCGGACCACAUUACGUGUUGCUUCACUCCAGUGCGCAUGGCGUCCUCUACCUCUCAGUCUUCAUUCGACGGGACCUGAUCUGGUUCUGCUCCGAGGUGGAAUACGCCACGGUGACCACGCGGAUCGUCUCGCAGAUCAAGACCAAAGGAGCCCUGGGCGCGGCCUUCACUUUUUUUGGAACCUCCUUCCUCUUCAUCACAUCCCAUUUCACAUCCGGAGAUGGGAAAGUCAGUGAUCGGAUCCUCGACUACAAGAAGAUUGUUGAGGGUUUGGCUCUACCUCGAAAUAUCCCUGACACCAACCCGUACCGCUCCAGCCCCUUGGAUGUUACGAGCCGCUUCGAUGAAGUCUUCUGGUUCGGCGACUUUAACUUCCGGUUGAACAAGGAUCGCCCAGGAGUGAAUUCGUUACUACAGCGUAAACUGGAGAGGGACAUGUCCCACCUGCUGCAGUACGACCAGCUGAUCAAAGAGAUGAGUGAUGGGUCCAUAUUUAGAGGCUUUGAAGAAGCCGCCAUUCAGUUUCUUCCCACGUACAAGUUUGACAUCGGCUGUGACCAAUAUGACACAACGUCCAAGCAGAGAACGCCGUCCUAUACGGACCGGGUGGUGUACAAGAGCCGGAAUAAGGGCGAUAUCCGCGUCCUGAGGUACGCCUCCUGCUCGCUGGUGAAGACCUCUGACCACAGACCAGUGUGCGGCUCAUUUGAAGUGAGGAUCAGGCCCGGCAGAGACAACAUCCCUUUGGCCGCUGGACUGUUUGACCGCGAGUUGUAUCUUCUGGGCAUCAAGAGGAGGAUCUCGCGAGAACUACAGAAGCGACAGGCAAUUAAAAACCAAAAAAACAGCAGUGUCUGCACAGUCUCCUGACACAAGGCUGCUGCCCGCUCCCCUGGGGGCGCUGAGCGAGAAUCGCUGCAGUCUGCAAGGCCUGGCGAGGGCGCUCUGCCCACUGCCAUCAUUCCUGGGCCUUCUGCUAUUUCAUGAUAUUGUAAUAUAUGUAAAUAUAGAUAUUUAUCAGUAAGAUCAGCGGCUCCUGCUUAUUGCAGUCUUAAAGGGGUCUCCGGGAUCUGGCAACUGAUGACUUCUCCCCUAGGACAGGC